GAAACGAAAAAGAAAAAGGUGAGAGAGAGAGAGAGAGAGAGAGAGAGAGAGGUAGAACGUUCUUCGGGUAAAUACGACAUGAGAGAUUUUGCCAACAGUUAACAAUCCAUCCAACCGGACUGCGAGUUCAACCAGACUCACACCCGGGACAUCGGUGCCCGUGAUGAAGAGCGCAUCCGGCGGACACGGUAUCUGCAGGCCCGCUCCGACCGUCACCAUAGGAGAGCUAGCGACCAUUUCAGAUAGCAACACACAGCCAGCAGCUGCUCCCUCCAUGAGUCCCUGAUAUUCACCCAGUAACCAACAACGGGCCCCGAGAAUGAACUCAAAGAAAUUGGAAUGCACCCCGAGGCGGCAGUUCAGAGAGCGAAGCCCGAGGGAAAGGGGCGACCAGGAUGACAGAUGGAGAGAACCCCAAGGAGGUCGCAGCAGUGCCGCAUCACGGGACUCCCACCGCUCCUACUACGGAGAGAACCCCAAAGACUCUACUGGGACCAAGGACAAGCACCAGUACAGUGAUUCACUGCAGAGGGCCUACAGUAAGGAGCCAUCUCAUCGGAAUCGAACCCAAAGGAGCCCGGAACGGCGAUCUGCUGUCCCUGACCAAGGCGGCGGCGGCGGCGGCGGUGGUGGUGGUGGCGGCGGGGAUGGGGAUUAUACAAGGUUUAGGUACACAUCCCCGGAGACCAGUACAUCACAAGAGCACAGAGUCUCUGAGAGGAGGAAAAGUCUCACCGGCAACGUGGACGACCAUUUUCAACACAGGAGGCUCAACAGUGACUUCAGAUCUUGGCCACCAACCAAAGAGGAUUCAGACUAUGGUAAAAGGCCGGUAGAGUCCAAAAAACGCAGAGCAUCUCCUGAAGAUUUUGCGUACAGGCAUCAAUCUGACUAUGCCAUGAACAGACAGACGCAAGACAGGAGCGAGACACGUGAUGUAAAACGAUUGCCAGAAUCUUCUUCAAAGGUGUAUGAUGCAACACGAGACCAAAAUGAAUCCACUUCCCCUCUGAACUAUAAUCCUUGGCAGCCCAGCAGUGGCUUCCCAGUGACUGACGUCGGCAAAAGGGCGGAACCUAACUCCACCAAUCACAGCCCUGCUCCUGUUAAAAGUGUUCCUGAGCAGUCACCCAGGAGCAAUGGCUUCCAGCGUUUCCUCAGUGUGCUCAACAAAGGGGUGGACGUCAACAUGCUCAACAAGAUAGUCAGUCAGGCUCCCAGUUUUCCUGAUCCACGGAACGCUGCUGAUCCCAGGAACACUGCCGGUCUUCGGAACGCUGCCGUUCUUCGGAACACUGCAGAUCUACGGAACGUUGCUGACCUUCGGAACGUCGCUGAUCUUCGGAACGCUCCUGAUCUUCGGAACGCUCCUGAUCUUCGGAACGCACCUGAUCUUCGGAACGCUCCUGAUCUUCGGAACGUUGCCGAUCCCCGGAACGCUGCCGAUCCCCGGAACGCUGCCGAUCUUCGGAACGCUGCCGAUCCCCGGAAUGCUGCUGAUCUUCGGAACGCUCCUGAUCCUCGGAACACUGCAGAUCAUCGGAACGCUGUCGAUCAUCGGAACGCUGCCGAUCAUCGGAACGCUGCCGAUCAUCGGAACGCUGCCGAUCAUCGGAACGCUGCCGAUCUUCGGAACGCUGCCGAUCUUCGGAACGCUGCAGAUCUACUUGGAUCUCACAGAGGCCCUGGGAAGCAGGACACGCACCAAAACGCAGUGUACUGGAAUAAGAACCAUGAACCCCAACAACAGCAGAGUAAGCAACCCAGUGAAAACACUCUAAUAUCUAUUGAAACGUCUGGCGUCCCUCAUGGCAAGGCUGGCACUAGAUUGACCCCAACGCAAGCAGUGGUCGAGGGGAAAGUGACGCAGGAGGAGGAGCAGAAGUGCAAAGAGAUGCAGCAUUUGUUUCAGACUAUCGGGAUGGACCUGGGACUGGACGAGCUGGGGAAAAUGUCCAACCGGAUCCAGCUGCGGUUGUACGGCAACAAGGAGGACCGAGAGAGAAGGGAGUCCGAAAAGGAGACGAGGAGAGAGACGAGGCAGAUGUUCUCUCCCGGAGGCAACAGCAGAUCCUCCUCGUCGAGCAGAUCUAGCUUUGGACCUCCUGUCACAAAACACAACUCUCUGAAGAUCGACUCGUUAGCGGCUCCGGUGAACGCCCCUGAGACCACCCCGGCGGCCAGUGUGUGCAACAUAGCCCCCGUUAGAAACUAUGACGACGACAGAGCGGGCCCGCAGAGCAUUGCCGCACUUCAGUCGUUUGCACCGAACAACUCCUAUCACUUACCUCAACCACAAGCUCUGACGCCAAGUUACCCCUCCACCCCCUUCUCACCCCCCACCCCCUUCGCACCUCCCAUCCCCUUCUCGGCACCAGCCCCGUUCUCACCACACCUCUAUCCACCGGCUGCCUACAACGUGCCCCCUCCGUGGGAGUCUCCACUGGAACUAUGCCUUUCCCCCCGUACCCCCCGAGUUACCCCCCCCCGUGCCCGUGCAAUCCCCCGCCGUGCCGUCGUUUACAAACUAUCACAAUCAUUCAAAUCCAAUCAAAUCGACUUCAAGGCCCCGCUAUUUGCAGGUUAUAAACACAAACCGAGCUAAGCAAACAUAAGAGAUAUUUUGCUAGACAAGGUUUCACAUUCAACAGAUAACAUUUGGUUCUAACUCUUCCAGGAGCAACUGAAUCUUCCUAUCCGGCUUUCGAUUGAAGCUUGAUUAAAUUGCGCUUGUAAAACGUUAAAGGACAAUGAACGUUACAAGAAUAGGAAGACCGAUUCACCCUUUAAUCUGAUUGGCUUUCUAAGGCUGGGACAUGAAAAUUAUUAAAUACACUGGCUUUCGUAGUGGAAGCUCAAGUAAUAGGUUUUUGAUUUCGAUGGCCAAACCAAAUAAUCAUUCAAAGGGCAAACGAUACAGAUAUUUGACUUCAAUAUUUUGCAGAUUGCAAAUAUAUCCAUUCCUUAUGAAUUGGCUUGUGUUUGUUACACUGUAGGAUCACUUCUUGUUUAAGUACCUGUCUGUUCUGACUCAAAACAUAUUGUGAGAACAACAUGGUUGAUAAGAAUAAUACAUGUAUAAUUCAAAUGUGCUAUCAAAUUUAUUUUAGCAAUGUGCCACAAUUGUCCAAUUCACUAUUCCACGUUAAAUAAACAAAAUCUUUUAGACUAUAUGCAUACUACUGCCUUACACCUUUUCCCUGAAAACUGUAGGAACUUGGAUUGUACAUUUGUUCCAAAAGUUGAUUGGUUAUAUUAAACGCCUAUAAUUUGUCGAUA